AUGUCGUCUCGUCGUUUACCUCGUAAUCAACAUAUCAUUCCGAAGCACUAUGACGUUCAUUUAACAACUGAUCUCGAUUCGGGUCAAUUUUGUGGUUCAGUCAAGAUCGAUUUAAUCGUCGAAGAACACAACCAAUCAUCAAUUAAACUCGACACGUCACAUUUAACGAUCGAUUUAUCCUCGAUAUCGUUGAUUAUAAUCUCAUCAUCAGUUGAAGUCAAAUGCUCCGCUGAGCUAAAUGAUUUAAACGAACUUCUGGAAAUUCGUCUUCCAAAUCAGCAAAGCUUCUCUCCAAAUAUUUCAUAUCGUUUGAUAAUCAAGUCGUUUUCAGGUCAUAUAACUACGCAGAAUCAAAUUGGCUUUUACCGUUCUACCGUCGAUAUCCUAUCGCAUAACAAUCAAUCAAAUGAAAUGUCUUUUGUAAAAAAACACUAUGGAAUCACCCAAAUGUCACCAACACACUGUCGUCGGGUGUUUCCUUGUUUUGAUGAGCCAUGUUUACGCGCGACAUUUGAUUUAACUCUCGAUAUACCGAGACAUAUGCAAGCAUUGUCAAACAUGCCCGAACUUUAUUCUCAAGAUCAUUUGAUGAACAGCGAAACGAAACGAAUACGAUUCCAGCGUACACCAUUAAUGCCAACUUUUCUCCUGUGUUUUGUCAUCGGAGAAUUUGAUAUGGUGAAAAGUGAACCUGUUCAACGAUUGAAUAAAGAUUCUCAAUUAGCUCCAAUUGAACUAACAGCUUACACGUUGCCUGGAAGAAAGCACGAAGCAACAUUUGCAUUAAAUUGUGCCCGCAAAGCUCUAUAUUAUUAUGCUGACCUAUUUCAAAUUGAAUAUCCCAUGGCUAAGCUUGAUCUCGUUGCUGUGCCAGAUCUGUUCUAUCCUGCCAUGGAAGAUUGGGCGCUUAUACUAUUUAAGGAAGAAGAAAUGUUAAUCAAUGAAGAUCACGCUAUCAGUGUUCAGUAUCGUAAUGUAUGUCAAUCAGUCACACAUGAAAUAGCUCAUCAAUGGUUCGGCAAUUUAGUGAGCAUUCAUUGGUGGAAUGAUGUUUAUGUUAUUGAAGGAUUUGCUAAAUGGUUCGAAUAUUUAGCAACAGAUUAUAUCAUUCCCGAAUACAAUGUAUUCUCAGAGUUUUUCUCGACUCAAUUCGUUCGUUAUUUUGAUUAUUGCAUUAAUAUUCUUCACAAUGAAGCCGAUGAUAUUGAUGAGAAAGAUUUCUCCUUUGAAGGUUAUAUUUAUUCGAAAGGUUCAUGUUUGAUGCGUAUGUUACAUUUGUUCAUUGGACAAUAUGAGUUUCUCGAAUCCAUUCGAUUGUUUCUACGUCGGUAUUCGUAUCGCACAGCAACUGCGAUUGAUUUUUGGACAUGUGUAGAAGAAACAACGAAACUACCAAUAAAACAAUUAGUACAUAGUUGGUGUACGAAGAAAAGCUAUCCAGUCGUACAAGUGAAGAUGCUUGGACACGAUGAAACGACUGGCACUUAUGAUUUGGAGUUGAAACAGAUGAGUUUUUGUCGAGGUCAUGAUCAGGAAAAACAUUCCGAUGAGAAGAAAAUCUCGUGUCAUUGUAUCAAAACAAGUGAUCUCAUAUGUGACACAAAACAUCAUGUUGAUAUUCAACAAUCCAAUGUCGGAGACUCAAACUGGAUGAUUCCGAUAACAAUAAUUAGAAACCAGUCGGAUGACUGUGUCAUCAAAUAUCUAAUGGCGAAACAACACGAUGUUCUUCGUAUUAAUACCAACUCUUCUUCUCUUUCUUCACUAAAAGAUGAUGAUGCUGAACCAUUAGUAAAAAAACGUCGAUAUUCAUCUUUGGCAUCGAAUUGGUUCAAGCUAAACAUCUGUUCUGGUGGUCCUUAUCGCGUAUUUUAUUCUUCGGAUAUGUUAGAACAACUGAUCCAAGCGAUGAUUAAACAAGAAUUGAGUACCUUCGAUCGAUUUAAUCUCGAAAACGACAUGUACGCAUUAGUCAUGGGUGGAUUUACAUCGUUGGUUGAUUAUUUCAAUUUGUUAUUGAAUGGAUAUGUCGAUGAAGUCGAUGAUGAGCUUGUUUGGAAAGAUAUUGAAAGCAAUAUUAUACGAAUCGGUACACUUCUGGAGUAUGAUAAGCAACUAUUUGAUUAUUAUCGACAGUUCGUUUUAUUCUUUCAUCGAACUUUAUAUCAAAGAAUUGGUUUCAUCCCGAAUGACAACGAUUCGAUUGCACGUGGGCGCUUGAGAUGUUUUCUCUUAGUUAUCUUAGGAACUAUUGGUCAUGAUCCGACAAUCGUUUCUAAGUCACGUGAACAAUUACUUGUAUAUUUAAAUGAUUCAUCAGUAACUGUUCUCUGGCCGAUAUGUGCAAUUGUUGCUCACCAUGCAUCAGAAAACGAUUUAAAUAAUCUGUUCAAGCUGUGGGAACAACGUCCACGUCGUGAUGAUCGUCUACGUUGUGCUUACGGGUUAUCCUACGUUCAAGAUCCCGUUCAUAUCGAUCGCGUUUUAGAUUUCUUUACUUUAAAUAACAAUUUUAUUCGUUUACACGAACGUAUCGAAUGUUACAAAGGUUUUUGUUUGAGUAAACAAGGUCGUUAUUAUUACCAACGAUACAUUGAAAAUAAUUGGCUAUCAAUCCGAGCGAAUUCCAAUGAUGAAUAUCUCGAAGCACUUAUUCGUGAAACAUUUGGAUACUUCUCAACGAACGAUGAAGCCGUACGCAUCGAAGAAUUUUUUCUUUCCAAUGAAACUUUUCAACAAAAACAUCAACUCGAUCAGAAAGAAACACCUGCAACUCCGUGUACUCGCAUAGCUGUACAUUUAUGUCUGGACGAUCAUGAAUUGUCCACGAUCACUAAGAGUAAUUUACCAUCGCCUAUUCUCAAUCAUCACUAUCAUUCAAUGAUUCCCGUCAAAGUUAAAGAAGUUGCUUCGAUUAUUUCACACACAACACGGACACGUGCUGCUCUACUCGAACGUGAUCGUGAUCGUCUACGUGCAUUUUUUCAAUCGGAUUCCUUUCCUCUUCUUUCGUCAACUUGCUCGGCAUCUAGUCAGAUUCUUUCAAUCAAUACAACCAAUGUCUCCAAUUUAGUCUCAACGAGUGGAACUAAACGCAAACGACAAAUUGCUUCACUAAAUCCAACAAGUUCAUCUCCACCAAUCGAUAUUCGAAAGGAUCCCGAGAGCAUACGAAAACAGAUUAUCUCUGUGUUCACAACAUCAUCACGCAAACGUCAAAAUUCAACAACGACGAGCACAACAAAUACAGGAAUUCUAGGUUUUGCUCGACGUACGCGACGAUUCAGUGUACCUGACAAGAAAUACUUACAUGUAUCCUGUCCUAAUGCCGAACUUCAUACGAUUGACGAGCUUAAAAAUGCAUUGACUGAUUAA